AUGACCACGUAUCUCAACAUGCCAUCGUCGAGCAAUCCCGUCUUCAUAGGUCGGCGAGAGUCGAAUCUGGGCACCUCCGCGUCUGAAUAGUGAGUGUCAUCCCUCGAUUUCCGUGUGGUUCCGUCCCGUCGACUCUCCGGAUGGCGCGCCUUAGAGCGCCCCAGUCAUGUCCACGCGAGCGACUUGCCCGCCCGUCGUCCUCGCUUGCCGCCGAGUGUACACCGAGCCACGCAACCCACCUCAACUCGCCAACGAUCGCCACCUCUAA